UUUAAAAUUAAUAAAAUCACUGCGGAUUUAACUUUAUUUAUUUGAUUCAACAGCCAUCAAAAUGAUGAAUCACAUGGGGAGUUUGCAAGUCACGUGAUAACAACGCCAUUUUGUUAGUAAUUCGCAAAUAUAAAGGAGUUUUGCAUUUACUAGGACAUCGUGUAUCUUGAGAGAAUUGAAGCGAAGCCGGAAAGAAAGAAGAGAUCCUUGCACUUGUUAUUACAGAAGAGGCAAUACUUGCCGCCAUAAUUAUGGAAGAAUUUAAACUUUACGAUUUGUUAUAUCUUACUACGUCAUUCAAAGUACCUCCACCCUAUAAGAUCCAAUAAGACAAUCGUUUUAUAAUUUUCAUCUAAUAACACUCUGAUAUCAGUGAAGAAUACAAAAAUGGCGUAUGUAUUCCUGACUGUGAUACUAAUUAUUGCUUUAGCAGCAAUAAUUUCACAUAUUCGAUGGAAGAAACGACUGAAAAUAUUGAAGAAAGAUGGUCUACAUGCAUUUUUAUUCCCUUCAAUUUGGUAUAACUUCUGGAGAUUCUUGUUUAGAAAUCGAGGAGUUUACGAUCAAGUUGCUAUGUUUAAUACGAUAUGUGGUCUGAGUAAGUUGUUUGAGAAGGAGAGGAUCUUUACUGCUAUCUUUUCGAAGUUGUUUAUCGUUCAAAUUUAUAAAACCGAAUAUAUAAAAGCAAUUUUAAGUAACAACGACGUGCUUAAUAAAUCACCAAUGUAUCGUAUGAUGCAUCCUUGGAUUGGUACUGGCCUUCUAACUAGCACCAAGGAAAAAUGGAAACAAAGACGAAAACUUUUAACUCCAGCAUUUCAUUUUAACAUAUUAGAAACCUUUCAACCCAUCUUUAACGAACAUUCAUUUGUUCUUGUACAAAAAUUAAAUAAAUUAGAACCCAAUUCUUGGAUCGAUAUUGUGCCUCUGAUGUCUCUCUGUACAUUAGAUAUAAUUGGAGAGACAGCAAUGGGAGUGAAGUUGAAAUCACAAGAAAAUGAAAGUUCUGAAUACGUUCAAGCAGUGGGAAAAAUGGAGAGUUUGGUUACGGAAAGAACAAUGUAUCCAUGGUAUCAAUUCGAUUUUAUUUACUAUUUAACAUCAGCUGGAAAAAAAUUCAAGAGAUAUGUAAACAUUAUACAUAAUUUUAGUAGCCAGGUAAUAUUAGAGAGAAAAAGAGAAUUCCUUAAAAUUUUACAAGAAUUAAAAGUCGAGAACAAAGAUGAUGUCUUCUUUCAGAAGAAGGAGAAAAAGCCAUUUUUAGAUCUUUUACUUCAUCGUCAUUUAAUCCAUGGAGACAUUACUGAAGAGGAUAUCAGAGAAGAAGUGGACACCUUCAUGUUUGAGGGUCACGACACAACGGCGAUAGGAAUAAGUUGGGCAUUAUAUAAUCUCGGUUUAUAUCCCGAUAUACAAGAAAAAGCCUAUGAAGAGGUGUACAAGAUUUUUGGAAAUGACAAAGAAAGGCCAAUUACUUGCGAUGAUUUAAGAGAUAUGAAAUAUAUGGAAUGUGUUAUUAAGGAAACAUUAAGACUUUAUCCUCCAGUUCCUUUCAUUUCUCGUUGCCAUACUGAAGAAUUUAAAAUUGGUAAUUAUUUUAUAACUAUGCUUUUAAACCAUAAUUAGAUAUAUUUAUGUUCAUUAUUUUAAAAUUUAGGUAGCAUAACUAUACCGAAAAAUGCAUUAAUACCUAUAAUCAUACAUACCAUACAUCGAGAUCCUGAAUUCUACACAGAUCCAGAAAUGUUUAAUCCAGAGCGAUUUUAUCCUGAGAACUGCGUAGAAAGAAAUCCAUUCGUAUAUAUUCCUUUUUCGGCAGGACCUAGAAAUUGUAUUGGACAAAAAUUCGCCCUAAUGGAAGAGAAAGUGGUAAUAGCUAACGUAUUACGUCAUUUCCGGAUAUAUGCCAAAGAUAAACCUGAUAAAAUGAUCGAAUGUGGCCAAUUGGUACUCAGAUCUGUAAACGGUAUACAUUUAAAAUUCGAAAAACAAAGUUUAAAAAUCAAAUUUAUUAUUAAUUUGUACAUUCAAACUGAAAGGAUGUUAUGGCAAUUAUGUAUAGUUGUUAUUUGUGUAGUUCUUUUAAUAUCGAUAACAAAAUGGAAUCAGUACAAACAGUUAAACCGUCUCAAAGAGUGUAAUUUAACUGUUUCACCAAUACCUAAUCUUUUUUAUGUAUUUUGUAAAGUAAUGCUGAAUAGAACUAAUUCAGAUUACAUUCCUCAAGUUUGGAUUUUCCAGUAUAUGUAUGGCAAAAGUCGUCUAUACGAAAGAGAAAGACUGUACGUUGUUUAUGUAGCUGGAAACUUUAUUGUACAUCUGUACAAACCGGAAUACAUCGAAGUAAUUAUAAACAGCCACACAGUUCUAGAUAAAGGUUGGAUGUAUAAUGCAUUAAAAUCAUGGCUAGGAAAUGGGUUAAUUACCAGAUCCAGAGAGUUAUGGAAGCCAAGGCGAAAGUUAUUAACACCAGCAUUUCACUUUAAAAUUCUAGAAAAUUUUCAUACAGUUAUCAAUAAGCAUUGUUUUAUUUUAAUCGAUAAACUAGAGAAAAAAGUACAAGAUCCAUGGGUUAACAUCACUCGCAUGUUAUCCUUAUGCACUCUUGAUAUUAUAGCAGAAACUGCAAUGGGAGUAGAAAUAAAUGCUCAACAGGAUGAAGAAUCUGAAUAUGUCAAGGCAGUUAAUAGAAUUGAGGAAUUGAUACUAUACAGAAAUAUGUAUCCUUGGUUCUGGUCGGACAGUUUUUUCAAAUUAACAUCUUCAGGAAGAGAAUUUAAUCGUGUUGUUAACACUCUGCACAGCUUUACAAGAAAGAUAAUAUCUGAAAGGAAACAAGAAAUGCAAAAUAACUACGAAAAUAUACAAAACACGAAGGAUGAAGAUUCCGAAAAUGUAUAUACACAGAGUAAAAACAGAAAACCAUUCCUCACUCUUCUUCUCCAUCAUCAUUUGAAUAAUGGAGACAUCACUGAAGAAGAUAUUAGAGAAGAAGUGGAUACCUUCAUGUUCGCUGGCCACGAUACUACUUCAGUAGGCAUUUCAUGGACAUUAUACAAUCUCGGACUUUAUCCCGAUAUACAGCAGAAAGUAUACGACGAAGUUGUUAGUGUAUGUGGAAAUGAUAAGAGAACACCAAUUACAUCAGAAGAUAUCAAAGAGAUGAAGUAUUUAGAAUGUGUUAUAAAGGAAACACUUAGAUUGUAUCCAUCAGUUCCAAUAAUUGGAAGAGAAACCAAAGAAGAUUUUAAAUUAAAUGAUACAAUGACGAUACCAGCAAAUUCCUUUAUUUUUAUUGAAAUUUAUUCGCUACAUCACGAUCCCGAAUAUUAUCCAAAUCCUGAAGUAUUCGAUCCCGAUCGGUUCCUGCCAGAAAACUGUAAAGGAAGACAUCCUUUCGCCUUCAUCCCCUUUUCGGCAGGGCCAAGAAAUUGCAUAGGUCAAAAAUUUGCAUUGAUGGAAGAGAAGAUUAUUAUAAGCAAUAUUUUACGUCAUUUCAUUGUCAAAUCUGUUGAUUAUCCUGAUAAGAUUGCUCUAUGUCCAGAAAUUGUUCUUCGACCUGCUAAAGAGUUGAAACUGCAAUUUAAAGAACGAUAAAAGAGAAUUUGAAGGGUUAAUUAAGAGUCUCUGCUGUUUUUCCUUAAAAUUUUAUUAAUAUUAAUUUUGUUAGAUCUAAAUAAAAUAUCGAUAAUUAUUACCAUAAGUUUGAUUUUCUAAUUAGAAAUUAAAACUUAGAAUAGAGCUUGAAUAAUUUUUAUUCUGAGGCGAAUUAUUACAACUUUAUAAGUUAAGUGAUAUCAAUCUUUAGUUUUGAAUAUGUAUAGAUAAGGAUAAGAAUGUAGUUUGUACAUUAUCGCUUUUCGUAAUGAUAAGACUGUAUUCGACUGAAGGAAUAAGACA